AUGAGGGAGACGACAAGCCCCGUGUGCGUGUCAAACUUCCCCAGGCCCAUGGAGACGCCUGAAGCAGAGCCGGAGUGGGCGCAGCGGGUGCUGAAGGACAGCACGGCGUUCUCCGAGCCUGCUGACCCCGCGAGAACAGAUAUCGUAUUCGGGUCUCGAACUUUCAGAUCAGAAGCCCAUUACAUAAGCCUGCCCCGGUCUGACCCUCUCCGCUUCGACGCCUCCCUCUGGGCAGCCCUGACGUCCCUCCGAGACCAUAAGCGGAGGGAGAGACGGACGCCGCGUGUCAAUCCGACGACGGGGGCCAAAUGGUGGUGCCGAGUGACGCUCGCGCUGUUCAUGAUCAAUGGCAGAAGCCAAUGGCCCGUGAGCUACCACGGCCGGGCAAGCCUGCCUCAAAGCCUGAGGCUCAAGGAACGACUUGUGGUGUAG